GUACAAUGUCAAGGCAGGGACGAGUACAUUCGUUGCUUGGUAUCCACUAUGUACGCCAGUCUUUUGAUUAGGGUUGAGCAAGUAGUUGGGGGCGAUAGGAAUGAGGACAAACUGCAGGUCGCACCGAGGUCCUCGGAAAGCAACAUCAGGGAUAUUCAUUAGUCAUGUGACGGUUUCGUUAUUUUGGACAUUGAGAAAUUUGUGCAUCACGAUACACAACCCACAACUCAUGCGUGCUGGAAGGAUACGGGAGAAGCAGAUGUCGGAUCUAGAUGGUGACAGUGUGGCAUACCCAACGUCGUACUCUGUAUGUGGGAGUAAACUAACAGCAGGCAGCGACACCUUCAGAAGACAUAUCAAGCCUUGCGCGUCGAUCGACCAUAACUUCCAAUAUGGGUUUUUAGAUCUAGACGAUCCGCACCAAGUAUUCCCACUACAUGCGGUGUACUCCCAUAUCAAGAAAAUCACGACCCAUCCCUUGUACAUCUCAUUUCACCGAUUUUGUCUCUGCGGGAUCCCGAUUGUGGAUGUCUCCGUGACACGAUGUUAAAAUGUGUACUUUUCCGAGGAUCAUCAUACGUUGCUUGAGCUCGUCAAACACCAUUGUCUCAGAUUCUUGUGCCUCAGGACGCCACUGGCAUGAGCGUUCCGUCCAAUAACCCUGGCGACCUUGUAGUUGCGCGGCGAUUCUCACCAGAAGUUUUCAACAAUUAGAUUUUCCUGCUUCCUCCCCCCAGUAAUAACUUUAAAU